UUCCACCCGAGGGGACUUCACUGUCAGCCCGGGAAAGACCGCCGCGCCACCUCCAUCACCGCUGGUCUCUGCAAACCACCCCAAGUAACAAACAAACAUGGCUCCUUUUGAGAAAUCUAUGGAGAUGAUGCCCUUCAAGCAGAGGAAAUGCCUCGAGACAAGAAAAGAUGAAGUGUGCAGCAUUCGGACAAAAUUCCCCAACAAAUUGCCUGUCAUUGUUGAACGUUACCUCCGUGAAAAGACUCUCCCCCUGUUGGACAAAACUAAAUUCCUGGUUCCCUUCGAGCUCACCUUGGGUCAGUUCCUCUGCCUGCUCAGGAAUAAGAUUGCCCUGGACUCAACCCAGGCUCUGUUCCUCCUAGUGGCAGAGAAGAGCAUGUCCUGCAUGUCCUCCAGCAUGGGGGAGGUUUAUUCCCGCUACAGUGACACUGAUGGCUUCCUCUACAUCACCUACGCCUCACAGGAGAUGUUCGGAGCACCUCAAACAGCAACCAGACCGCCCUGCUGAACCUGAAGCACAUACAAUUAACUGAACCGAUAGUGGAGACACCACACAACCAAACUGGAGGAAAAAAGAACCAAGCAGAGACUGUUUUUGUCCAGUUUUUUUUAGCCCCAAAUUGCAUAUCAGUCUACCUCAUGAAACUUUCUGGACUUUCAAAUGCAGCAAAUUACUCUUUUCUUCAUGCUCUGCCGCUAGGACAAGGCUCACCAUGAUGAUGAUGAUGUCUUUGUUUUAGACAGAGUGGUUGUUAGAUUCAAUACAGAUGCAAUAGUUCUCCAAAAUGUUAAAGAAAUUGGGAUGAUUUUCUUGGUCUGUUCUAUGUCUUUGCUGGUCAAACAUGUUCAUAUCUGCCCUGUAAAACCACCACCUUCUCCACUCUACACAAACAGGGUCAAUGUCUUGCUGGUAAUCAGACUCCUUUUUUUAGCACUUAUCUCCCCCUGUCGUCUCUCCUUUCUUCGAUUGCCUCUUCAUCCUCGUCCUUUCCUUAAAAAUGUGAAACUAUGCUCCGGACUCUUGAGGCCCUCAUUGAAAACCUGGAUGUCACUUGAAUGCUGAAUGGUUUGUUCUGUAUCCAGCUGUCAGUAGAGCAAAAAAUAAAUCAAUAUCAUUUUAA